AUGGCCGACCCGCGAUAUCGCUACUCGGGCCACUCGGGCCGUCGGUCACCUACCUACAACCCCGCGCGGGCUUCUUUGCCUGCGAAUGUUGGAUACAACUCGCAUUACACUGGAGACGUCCAUGCCGUUCCAACUGCUCGCUACGAUGCGACCGUCCCCCGGAGAGCCCAUGAACACAAAGCUAACCCGCCGACUGCUACAAUCACGACCUAUAACAUCACUAAAGACCCUGUUGCUCGAAGUACUAGCCGCACUGGUACUGGACGCCACCGCUCUUCGACGAUCGACGCAGCGCCUCCUGUGAAGCCCAUCAUCGUGACGACGAACCAUCACAGUCGUCCUCAUGGUUCUUCAUCUCACACAUCAUCCAGUGCCAGGGCCACCAGUCCGUCGCGCGACCCUUAUCGCUCGAGCGAGGAGACUUACUAUGCCCAGCCAGCAUCCUCGAUACGUGCACGAAGCCAACACCGUCAUAGCCACAGCUACAGUCAGAGCGCGACCUUGGGUGAUGAGUUCUAUCGCCUGAGGGAACGGGUAGGUGGUGACGAUAGGCUCCGGGCCCCAGUACGCGCGGGGACCGUACCUUUCGGUCAUUCGCGCCCUCAUUCAACAGUAUACGCUAAUACUGCAAAUACUGGUACCACGGCGGUGGCCGAUUACGAAGAUGAAGGGUACGAGUACACAAAGCCCAGCGACCUGGCUAGGUACGACCUGGACCACGGGCGGGACCAGCGAAGAAGUCGGCGAGACAGUGUGGAUCGGCCGUACUACCGGCCACAUGUAAACGUGAGCAGUGACACAGCCCGGUAUGACGCCCGUAGCCGCGCGAAGCCUCCGACAUCCGCUGCUAUUGACCGGUUCAACCGGGCUGCGGCAUCGGGUAUCUACGACCGUCCUUCGGUCACUAUGCCCAGCUUACCAGUGGUUCCGGCUCCUCCUCCUGUAGAAGCUGUGCGUCGACCCGCCCCAGUAGAAGGGACCAGAAGCCCUUCAGUCGAACCCAGGGUAUCACGGCCACGCCCAGUGUCGCUUUACCAAGAGACUCCUGCACGCAUGUCACAUGCCGACGAUCUUUACAGGUCUCGCGACGAUGAACGAAUCCCCAGAGAUCGUCGCGAGCGUGAAGAAGGAUACCGUGAUGACAACAUCGCGGCGCGCGGCUUUGGCCUCCGCACAGACACUUUCGAACAGCCAAUACGCCCGGCUAGCGCAAUCACUCACAGAGACUUCGAUGAUCGUCGCGCGCGGCGCGAUGUAGCAGACCGUGAGCCGAAACGUCGGUCUGAUGAGUCAUUGGAUCGUACUCGUGCCCACGAAAGAAGACCUAUCGACGAACCGCGACCCCGUGUAGAGGGGAGCCGGGACCGUAGGGAAAGUGUGAGCCGAAGAAACAGCAUCAGUCGGGCCCGCGAGAAGGUAGCCACUGGGUUGAGCGUCGCUGCCGCCGCUAUGGGCCUUGCAGCCACCAAGGCAGAUGACGACAGAACCUCGCCUAAACGACGGGAAUCUGAUGAUGAGAAGGAGGCAGCUGCCUCACACCCCGCUGACAAGUACAAACCUCGAGAUAGUGUCCUAGAGCACAAACCGUCUCUCAGGGAAGAUCCAAUUGUUGUGGAGCAGCGACGAGAAGCCCGAAGAGAAGAGCCUCGAAGGGAUGAGGUCCGAAGAGAAGAACCUAGAAGAGACGAGGCCCGGAGAGAACCUCGAAGAGAAGAGGCUCGGAGGGACGAGCCCCGGAAGGAUGAGGCCCGGAGAGAUGAGCCUCGAAGGGAGGAGCCUCGAAAAGAACGUCCAGAACCUAGGUCGGGCUCCAGAGAGCGGGACUUGGAAAGGGAACGGGAACGGGACAGUGAGCGUGAGCAGCGCGAACGCGAAAAAGAGACGGACCGGGAACGUGAUCAACGUGACCGGGAACUGGAAAGAGAACGCGAACAUGAGCGCCACCGACGAGAAUCUGACGCCAGGCUUGGUGGAAUGCCACCAGACCGAAGAGAUGGCUCACCUACACCCGAUGCCUCAGAGAAUGCUGCUCGCAGACGCCAUCGACCCGCGGCGGCCUUCAAUCCUACAGAUACCAAAGGCUUGAUGGACCUUAAAGCCGAACUAGCAGCGAUCGAUGGCCAAGACCGACUAACAGAAAAGUCGGCCGCAAGGGCUACUCCGUCGGAUAAGGAUACUGGAGUGUCUGCGUCAUCUCAUAGAGCUGACGUACCCAGCGAGUCACGUGAGCCGUCUCCCCGUGGCCGCGAUGCUGGCCCCUCCCGUGAGGACAAGCAAGUGCGAGUACUGUCCCCGCCGCGGGACAAGGGCGACCAGAAACCCAUCAAAGGUAUCUUGAAGCAACCCAAAGUCAAGUUCCCAGAAGACAACCACCCCAUCCGAGAGGGCGUCGCGCCACAUAAGGAUGACAAGACCAAGAAGGAUGUUCCACCUGGUGCACGUUGGACUCGGAUUCACCGUAAGAUGGUGAACCCUGAGGCGUUGACCAUUGGAAAGGAGCGCUUCGAAGUCCGUGAUAAUUUUGUCAUCGUGCUGCGUGUCUUGAGCAAGGACGAGGUCCAAGCUUAUGCCGUUGCCACUCAACAGCUCCGAGCGAGACGCAAUCAAGAGGCUGAGAAUGGGGUUGAGCAUGAACGUCUCUCGGAUGAGGAGCGUAAUCGUUCUGACGAGGAGCGACAAAGACGUCACCGUCACCGCAGGGAACACGGGGACGACGAGUAUCAGAGAGAACGAGAUGCUGAGGGUCGGAACCGACGGCACAGACAUGGGUCCGACUCGGAUGAAACCGAAAUCCGGCCAAAGGCGAUCGAGUAUGAUGGCGGCAGCAGCAGUAGCCACCACCAUGUUCGGCCUCAGCGAGACUACGAGUCAGUCGCAAGCUCGGAUGACAGGCGAUAA